UGAAAACCCAAAGCUCUCUCUCUCUUUGUCUCUCAGAAGUGGGCAUGGCUUCAUUGAGAUUUGUUCAUGUUCUCUUCGUCUUCUUUAAGCUGUUUCUCCACUGUCAUUGUGGAACAUCUCUCUCCGGCUCUUCUGAUGUGAAGCUUCUUGUGGGAAAGAUCAAACCUUCACUUCAGGGAAACAGUGAGAGCUUACUCUUGUCUUCUUGGAACUCAUCUGUUCCUGUCUGUCAAUGGAGAGGGGUAAAAUGGGUAUUUUCAGAUGGGUCUCCUCUUCAAUGCACAGACCUCUCUUCACCACAGUGGACUAACUUCUCUCUCUACAACGACUCCUCUCUCCACCUUCUCUCUCUCCAGCUCCCUUCUGCUAAUCUCACUGGCUCACUCCCUAGAGAGCUUGGUGAGUUCUCUAUGCUUCAAAGUGUGUUCCUCAACAUCAACUCCUUGAGUGGGUCAGUCCCUCUUGAGCUUGGUUACACUUCUUCUCUCUCUGAUGUUGAUUUGAGUGGUAAUACACUAACUGGGGUCUUGCCUCCAUCAAUUUGGAACCUCUGUGAUAAGCUUGUCUCCUUAAAGCUUCAUGGUAACUCCUUGUCUGGGGUCUUGCCUGAGCCUGCUUUGCCAAACUCAACUUGUGGUAAUCUCCAAGUUCUUGAUUUGGGUGGUAAUAAGUUCUCAGGUGAGUUCCCUGAGUUUAUUACCAAGUUUAAAGGUCUGAAGUCACUUGAUCUCUCAAGUAAUGUCUUUCAAGGUUCUGUACCUGAUGGUUUGGCUUUAUUACAACUAGAAAGUCUCAAUCUUUCUCACAAUAACUUUAGUGGGAUGUUGCCAAGUUUUGGUGAUUCCAAGUUUGGAGUAGCAUCUUUUGAAGGGAACAGUCCUAGCCUUUGUGGGUUGCCUAUGAAGCCAUGUCUAGGCUCCUCUAAGUUGAGUCCUGGUGCUGUUGCUGGUCUGGUGAUUGGUUUAAUGUCUGGAGCAGUUGUUGUAGCUUCCUUGUUGAUAGGGUAUCUGCAGAACAAGAAGAGGAAAAAUAGCAUAGAGAGUGAAGAUGAUUUAGAAGAAGGUGAUGAAGAAGAUGAAAUAGAUGGUAGUGGUGAAGGGAAGUUAGUUGUGUUCCAAGGUGGUGAGAAUCUGACAUUGGAAGAGGUUUUAAACGCAACGGGGCAAGUCAUGGAGAAGACUAACUAUGGGACAGUGUAUAAGGCAAAGCUUAGUGAUGGAGGGAACAUUGCAUUGAGGCUAUUGAGAGAAGGUACUUGCAAGGACAGAAGCUCUUGUCUGCCUGUUAUAAAGCAGUUAGGACGAAUUCGACACGAGAAUUUGGUUCCUUUGAGAGCUUUCUAUCAAGGGAAGAGAGGAGAGAAGCUUCUCAUCUAUGACUUCAUUCCCAACAUAAGCUUACAUGAUUUGUUGCACGAAAGUAAACCAGGAAAGCCACCUCUGAACUGGGCUAGGAGACAUAAGAUUGCUCUGGGAAUAGCGAGAGGACUUGCUUAUCUUCACACUGGACAAGAAGUUCCUAUCAUCCACGGCAAUAUAAGAUCAAAGAACGUGCUAGUGGACGACUUCUUCUUUGCAAGACUCACUGAGUUUGGUCUUGAUAAGAUAAUGGUGCAAGCAGUAGCUGAUGAGAUCGUCUCACAGGCGAAAUCAGACGGCUACAAGGCCCCAGAGCUUCACAAGAUGAAGAAAUGCAACCCGAGAAGCGAUGUUUACGCCUUUGGGAUCCUUCUCUUGGAGAUACUAAUGGGUAAGAAGCCUGGAAAGAGUGGGAGAAACAGUAGUGAGUAUGUGGAUUUGCCUUCUUUGGUUAAAGCUGCGGUGUUGGAGGAGACGACGAUGGAGGUUUUCGACUUGGAGGCGAUGAAAGGAAUCAGGAGUCCAAUGGAGGAAGGUUUGGUUCAUGCGUUGAAGCUAGCAAUGGGAUGUUGUGCUCCUGUUACAACGGUUAGACCGACCAUGGAAGAGGUUGUGAAGCAGUUGGAAGAGAACAGGCCGAGGAAUAGAUCAGCGUUGUACAGCCCGGCAGAAACGAGGAGCGACGCUGAGACACCAUGCUGAGUUUGGUUUCUGUUAUAGAAAGCUUUUUUCUUUUUUGUAAUUCUUCUUGCUUUUGUUGGUUAUAUGCAUUUGUUUUCAUAGGAAAGGAACCAUUCUGAUUUUAUUUUUAUGGUAGUUAUCUUUGUCAAUGACAAUGGUGUAACCGAAGUAGAAGAAGCUAAUAUGAUGAAUCUACUUCAGUUAUCCUGUUCGGUCUUGGUUUUGAGGGUUAUGUAAUUAAGUAACACGCAUACUAAUCCUGCAUCAAU